GCCACAGGCUCUCCGUCGUAUCCCGCCACCUUCCCGUGAGGCCUCAGGGAACGGCCCCCCCGCGCUCUCUAUGAUGACCCCUUCUCUGCCCUUCUCUCCUUCGCCAUCUCUAUGGCUUUGGUUUCUCCUGCCCUCGCCCUAAAUGUAGCUGGAGGCGGGGCUUCUUCCUCCCUAGGCUCUGCCCCCUCCCCUUGGCCCUAUGAGCUGAGGGGGAGGAGCUUCGUCAAGCGGCGAUGGUAAGGUGAAGAAGACGCGCGGAAGGUGACGGUUGGGAGCGCGAGAAUGCGCACCAUUGGGGUUUGCACUGCUUCGCUUGGCUCACUUGGCCUCAUGCGGUUUUUUGGAGUUUCCUGGUCAUGGAGUAUUGCAGCAGCUCUGGGCAUUUAUAUUGGCAGUGGAGGUUGGACGUUCCUCCGGAUCAUCUUUAAGACAGCUUUGAGAGAUCUCCUGGGGCUGUCAGUGCUUCUACAUGUCAAAUAUAAAUUGUACUUUCACCGGAAAGCCAAGAGCAAUGUCCCCAAGAUAUUUCAGGGUGUGGUCUGCAGACAUCCUGACAAAGUGGCCUUGAUCUAUGAAGCUACUGAUGACAAAUGGACGUUCCGGCAUUUGGAUGAGUAUUCCAACACGGUAGCCAACUUCUUCUACCAGCAGGGCUUUCGUGUUGGUGAUGUCAUUGCUAUCUUUAUGGAAAGUCGACCUGAGUUUGUGGGCUUCUGGCUAGGAAUGGCAAAAGUGGGCAUAGAGGCUGCUCUCAUCAACUUCAACUUGCGUCUUGAUUCAUUGACUUACUGCGUGAAAACCUCUGGGGCAAAAGCCAUCAUCUUUGGCGGGGAGCUUUCAGCAGCUAUAUCUGAAGUGAAUGGAGGACUGGGGAAAAACAUGGUCAAGUUCUGUUCUGGAGACUUCAGACCUGAAUCCCUCCCUCCAGACACCAAGCACUUGGAUCCUCUUCUUGCCAAGGCAUCAAAAUCGCCUCCAGCUCAGGUUCCAGCCAAGGGAUUAGAUGAUCGACUGUUCUACAUCUAUACUUCUGGCACAACUGGAAUGCCAAAGGCUGCCAUCGUGGUACACAGCAGGUACUACCGAAUAGCAGCUUUUGGUUAUUAUGCCUACAAAAUGACCCCUCAGGACAUAAUCUAUAACUGCCUACCACUGUAUCACUCAGCAGGGAACAUCAUGGGUGUCGGCCAGUGUGUGAUCCAUGGCCUGACUGUAGUGAUUAGGAAGAAAUUCUCUGCCAGUCGCUUCUGGGAUGACUGUGUGAAGUACAAGUGCACAAUUAUCCAAUAUAUUGGAGAGAUCUGCAGGUACCUGUUGAACCAACCAGUGCGGGAGGCAGAAACACAGCACCAUUUACGGCUGGCAAUAGGAAAUGGCUUGAGACCCACUAUAUGGGAAGAUUUCACUCAGCGCUUCCGAAUUAAACAGAUUGGGGAAUUUUAUGGGGCUACGGAGUGUAACUGCAGCAUUGCUAAUCUGGAUGGAAAGGUUGGUGCCUGUGGCUUCAACAGCCGGAUUUUACCAAAUGUAUAUCCUAUCCGACUGGUGAAAGUAAAUGAAGAUACCAUGGAACUGAUUCGGGAUUCAAAUGGGCUCUGUAUCGCUUGUCGUCCAGGAGAGCCAGGCCUGCUUGUGGGCCGAAUAAACCAGGAGGACCCCUUGCGUAGGUUUGAUGGUUAUGUCAAUGAGAAUGCAACUAACAAGAAAAUAGCCUACAAUGUCUUCCAGAAAGGGGACCAGGCCUACCUUUCAGGAGAUGUACUAGUGAUGGAUGAGCUUGGUUACAUGUACUUCAAAGACCGGAGUGGAGACACAUUCCGUUGGCGGGGGGAGAAUGUCUCCACCACUGAGGUUGAGGGAAUCCUGAGCCACCUUCUCAGCAAGACGGAUGUUGCAGUGUAUGGAGUGGAGGUACCAGGAGUGGAAGGCAAGGCUGGAAUGGCAGCCAUUGCUGAUCCAGAAGCCAAGCUGAACCCUAAUGUGCUGUACUUGGAGAUGCAGAAAGUGCUCCCCCCUUAUGCACGGCCCAUCUUCCUCCGACUCCUGCCACAGGUUGAUACCACAGGAACUUUCAAAAUUCAGAAAACCCGUUUGCAACGAGAAGGCUACAAUCCACACCAGACAUCUGAUAGGUUAUAUUUCUUGGAUGUAAAACUUGGCAGGUACUUACCAGUGGACGAGUGUGUGUUUGAGAGGAUCCAAGCCGGGAAGGUGUCUCUGUGAGUUCAUCAUUAAAGGCUACUGGAGAAGAAUUUGAUAUUGAAGGGCCUUGCUUGGAUAGAGAAACAGACUUCGUUUAAUAAGUGAAGGAAGGUUUUUAUUUCCAACCUUCACAACAGAGACAGACCUACUUUGGUGUGGGAGUGGCCCUUUCAAGAAAAAGCACAUUAGCCAUUUUCUGAGCAAAGAGAGUAUCCUUUUUCUACUUUUCAGUCCUUAGAACAGUGUUUUUCUUUUUUAUAACCACUACAUAGGACAACAGUGGUAUGAAACAGGAAAGGUUUAUGGCCUGUUUGAUUUAUACCCUCAGUAUGAUGAGUGUGUCUGAGCCUGCAAAAGCACUGAUCAGGCAGCAUACAAUGUGUCUGCUGGCUACGUUUCCAUGCUUUUGAGGUCACAGGAUAAUUGCUAUGAACAAAGCCUCCAAUUGAUUCAGUGUUUCUAGGUUCUUAAUUUACACUUUUAGUCCUUUGAUUGUCUUCACUGUGAGAUUUGUCCUGGGUUUAUAUGGAACUUUAAUGAACUGACAGAUUUGUAAAAAUAUAACAUCUUUCAUUUACAGAGACUUUGGUCUUUUUUAAAAAAAACAUAUUAAUAUUAAAUAACAUGUGGGUGUUCGGUCGGAUGCUUAAAGCAAAAUCAAAUUUCUGUAGAAAAAGUGUAUAGCAAAUGUGCUUGGCUUUGGUGGUAUAGCUGAAGAAGUAUGUUGUGGUAUGUAAAAGCUUCUGCUCAUCUACAGAUCAUCGGCCCUAUAUAUCGUGUCCAUUGUGAGGGAAGUCAUUUCUGCCCACCCACAUGUUGGUUUAAAUGGCCGUUCUUGUGCCAGAGUUGUUGUGUUUCAAAUAAUUUUUUGUAGCCGAUCCAAAAUCUUGGGAAACAGUUCAAUAAUGCCAUGGACCAUGUUUAGACUUCUUGGUCUGCUCUGUUCUGUGUAGGAGACGUGCCAUUUCUGUGUAGGAGACACGCCAUCUGAUCAGACAAUGUGCAUUGUAUUGUUCAUAUUCACCUCCCAUUAGUACAUGAUUGUGGGCAUUUCUAACUCUGCUUUUUUUCAUUAGUGCAAUUUUUGUUGCACUAACCAUUUUUAACAAUAGGAAGAUAAAAAAAGGGAGUGUUGAGUAGUCUGUGUUGACCACAUAUUCAGAGAUGCUGUAACUCUUUCUUGUGAUCAUGUUGAUGUCUACACCACUGAACACAGAACUGUACCACUGUUUAUGCACACUCCUGGGAUAUCCUAGGAAAAAUGACUGAUUCCAUUAUUUUACUGUAAUGUGUUAGAAUGUUCUAGUUCAUUUCUUUCUGUGCCCUGAAAUACUUUAGAUGUGGAGAAUUUGUCGUUAAUGCACCUUUACUCAUUUGAGGCAGGAAUAGAACUUUGCAUAAAGACAUUUUACAAACACCUCUGGAGAACAAUGUUACGUUGUAUUAUUAAGAGGUCAUUGUCAAGUAACAGUUCAGAAGCCAGUGGAGUGUGUGGCUCUGUUUUUUAUUAGAUCCAGAAUGUGCCUUUCAUAAUGUCUCACAUGAUUUUAAAAAAACAAAAGAGAUUAUAGAUGUGUAAUAAACAUAGCGGUAUCAUUAAUCUUUGGUUAAAGCAAAGGCACCUAUAGCAAACCGAGCCCCAUUAUUUGGAGAAAAGGCAAUAGGUUUUUUAAAAAGAAAUCAUUCAUGAUUUGAAUGACAUCAUGCACUGACUAACUCAGUUAUUUGAAGCAAAGUUACAUUUUCAGAUGGGGUUACUGUUGUCAAAAUAUAACUUUGUUUUGGAAAGCAAUUAAAAGAAUAAAUUCACCUCAAAAGCCCAUCUGAA